UGUUUCUUUCCGUCUUCAAUAACGUUAAAAAGUGAAUUGUGAAUUGAGAAAUAAAUACAAUUUUUUUGUGAAUGGAGUAAAAUAAAAGUUAUACAUAUAUAUACAGUUUCGAUAUUGUGUAGAAACAUACACUCGGAGAUGAUGAAUGAUCAUUCGAACGGUUGUAGUCCCUCGACGACAUGCGGGCGAUUCGAUUCCUCGCGGUCCCCCAUCGAUGAUCACGAUGCAACCGAUGAUGACAUGACAUUUUGCAUGUCCAACUAUGCCAAGGAGGCAUUGAAAAUGAUGUUCAUGAUGCGUUCUCAUGGUAUGCUCACCGAUGUUGUGCUAGAGGUGAAAAAGGAACUUUUUCCCGCCCACAAGGUCGUGCUGUCAGCUGCCUCGCCCUAUUUUAAGGCCAUGUUCACGGGUGGUCUCAAAGAAUCGGAAAUGUCACGCGUCCAAUUGCAGGGGGUAUGUCCAACGGCAAUGUCCCGCAUAUUAUAUUUUAUGUACACCGGACAAAUCCGUGUGACUGAGGUGACAGUAUGCCAGCUUCUGCCAGCGGCGACAAUGUUUCAAGUGCCAAAUGUUAUUGAUGCCUGCUGUGCAUUCCUAGAGCGGCAACUGGAUCCAACGAAUGCCAUCGGCAUUGCGAAUUUCGCUGAACAGCAUGGCUGUGUCGAACUGCAAAACAAGGCUAAUGUUUUUAUUGAACGCAACUUUACCCAGGUCUGCCAAGAAGAGGAGUUUCUACAGCUUUCCGCCUACCAACUGAUAGCUCUUAUCCGACGAGAUGAAUUGAAUGUACAAGAGGAGCGAGAAGUAUACAAUGCCGUCCUGAAGUGGGUCAAGUACGACGAAGAGAAUCGAAACGGCAAAAUGGAACAUAUUCUAGGUGCCGUGCGUUGUCAAUUCCUUACGCCUAACUUCCUCAAAGAACAAAUGAAAAAUUGCGAUUUAUUGCGUCGUGUUCCGGCAUGUCGAGAAUAUUUGGCAAAGAUCUUCAAGGAUUUGACCCUGCACAAGUGCCCCGGUGUCAAAGAGCGAACCCCCAAUACCACACGCAUGAUAUUUGUUGCUGGCGGCUUCUUUCGGCAUUCCCUGGACAUACUGGAAGCUUACAAUGUCGACGAUAAAACUUGGACAGUUUUGCCAAAUUUGCGUAUUCCCCGUUCCGGUCUUGGUGCAGCAUUUCUGAAAGGAAAAUUCUAUGCAGUGGGCGGUCGUAACAACAAUAUUGGCUCCUCAUACGAUUCUGACUGGGUAGAUCGCUACAGUGCCAUAAGCGAGACGUGGCGUCCCUGUUCGCCAAUGUCUGUGCCGCGUCAUAGAGUUGGCGUAGCUGUUAUGGAUGAGCUUAUGUAUGCCGUCGGCGGAUCCGCGGGCAUGGAAUACCACAAUACCGUUGAGUACUAUGACCCCGACCAGGACAGAUGGACGCUUGUUCAACCGAUGCAUUCUAAGCGUUUGGGUGUGGGCGUUGUAGUGGUGAAUCGUCUUCUAUAUGCUAUCGGUGGCUUUGAUGGAAACGAACGUUUAGGCAGCGUAGAGUGCUAUCAUCCGGAAAACAAUGCGUGGAGCUUUUUGCCACCUUUAAAAACUGGACGCAGUGGAGCAGGUGUAGCGGCCAUCAACCAAUUCAUCUAUGUAGUCGGCGGCUUUGAUGGAACGCGUCAGUUGGCGACCGUUGAGCGCUAUGAUACGGAAAAUGAAACAUGGGAUAUGGUUGCACCCAUUCAAAUAGCGCGCAGUGCUCUCUCGCUUACCCCUCUCGAUGGUAAACUGUAUGCCAUUGGUGGAUUCGAUGGCAAUAACUUUUUGUCUAUCGUUGAGGUGUAUGACCCACGUACAAACCAAUGGGAGCAAGGGACGCCCUUGAAUUCGGGACGCUCCGGUCAUGCUUCAGCCGUUAUAUACCAGCCUGCAUGCGCGGCAACUUUAAUGGACUACGAGGAAAGCGAAUCACCUCGAAGAGAUGGCAGCAGUAGCGACGAAAGGCAUAUGGAUUCACCACGCAAUCCCUGCAGUAGCGGCAGAAGUUCUAACUUUUCUAGCAUUUCGCCAAAUAUGCAAUUUCAUUCGUCUUAUGGAUCAAGCGGAUGUCAUAACUGCGAAACAGAUAUAAGAGUCGUCGAUACGAAUACGUUAUUAGCCAAUAAGGGUCAUGUUGUAGCCAAAUUGUCGAAAACCCCAAAUCUGGACGCACCAAGCGAUUCCCGCUUUCAAAUUCCGCCAAUUCAUAAUUUAGAUAAUAAACAGUACAUACCCGGACUACCUGACAAUCUACAGGUCUGCAAAAAACCGAAAAAAUGCCUCUUAAGUCCGGUUAGGACAGCCAUGCAACAAAUGAUACACAACACCAUCGAAUGGCGUCUGAAAAAGUGCUCGACUGUGGCGAGCUCAUGACCAAACGCCUUCUGCAAUAGCCACAUAGCCACAACCAAAAAACAAAACUAAAUGUAUAAAGCUCUCCUUCACGUAUCUUAAGCAAUUCAAAAAUCCUUCAACUUAAUAUAAGAACGCAUUCCAACGAGAAAUCCUAAAUCAAUUAGUCGGUGUAAACAAUGUUUUUGGGAAGAUAGCAAUCAAAAUUAUUCCUAAUACAUUCCCUAGGUGAUAAUUGGUUAUUAAUUUAUACAAUUUUUAUACGGUAUCAAUAGGUAUAUAUAUAGGCAUUAUCUAACAGACUUUCCACAUACAUAUAUACAUAUACAUGUAAUUGAUAUAAGAUUGACUAGCGCUAGGAUGCGACUAUAUGUCGUGGUUAUUCAUACAUACAUAUCUAUGUAUAGAUAUUCAUAUAUGUACCUAGAUGAAUGUAUGCUUAAAUAGUUAAUAACGUAUUUUAAUAGUAUGUUUAUAAAAAAAGAUAGGACAAAAAAUAUACACUUUUCCAAAUAUCUAAAUAAGAACGAUCAAAUAAAAUGUAUUGAUUUUGAAAAACA